AUGGCAUCAAGUGCUUCUAGCCCUCCUCUUCCACCUUCAGGAAAAUCUGAUAAGGGGAAGGGAAAGAAAUCUUAUGUAAUGAAGUUGAUGACAUGUUUCAAUAAUGAAAUUGGGUCAAGCAGUCAGCCAACUACACCUACCUCUACCUCCACUGGUAGAUCUAUUCCACCUUCAUUAGUUGUUCCUGGCUUGACUCACACUCCACAUCAAGUUCCUACAUCUACACCUACCUCCAUUGGUAGAUCUAUUCCACCUUCAUUAGUUGUUCCUGGCUUGACUCCCACUCCACAUCAAGUUCCUACAUCUACACCUACCUCCAUUGGUACAUCUCUUCCACCUCCAUUACAAGUGUCUGGCUUGACACCCACUCCAUACCAAGUGCCUACUAAUCGAAUGGCUUCACUCUCUCCUAAUGUUGGUUCCAACCCAUCAACUCCCACAAAUAUUGCACCAUCACCUGGUAUAGAGGAUGCAGAUCAAUAUUCCAGUUCAACCGCCAAUUACGUGGAAAAAUGUUCCAACAGUCGUCCAAUAAUUACACCCGUUGGAGGAGGGUUUUAUCCUACAAAAACUGCAUCGAACGCAAUCACAACCACCAUCAAGCAAUAG